AAGCCCUAAUUGCUCCUGGUGGGUUGUGGUUAGCGCCUUGCACGGCAGCUUCCGCCAUCAGUGUGUGAAUGUGUGACUGUGACAUACAUGUAAAGAGCUAUAUGAAUACACACCUUUUACCAUUCAGGUCCCUGAUGCUGCGUUUCUUUGAGGUUCGAAGGCUUUUAGAAGAACUUCCUCUACAGAGAAAAUGUGAUGUUUUUAACAAGUUUUCUCUGAAGGCAGAAAAACCCUGAAUGAGAGAGAAAAGAGAAGCAGCAGCGGAGGAGGAAGAGGAGGAGGAAGCAGUUGUUUCUUAGAACUGGACUCAGUGUGAAUGAGAUGAUGUGGAGCUGUGAGCUGUAUAUAAACCCAGCAGGUCAGACCAGUCCUGCACACUUCAGACCAUCAUUAUCCAUCCAUCAGAAACCAUGAAGACUCUGGUGAUUCUCGGGCUCCUGACCUUCAUCUGCCUCCUGGGUGGCAGCUCUGCCGGUCCACUCGGUCCGCAACUGAUGUUCAGGGAAGGAUGCUGCAACACAUUCAAACGCAUACCAGUUCCUCGGGACAGGGUGAAGCACGUGGCCACAUCACCGAGCGACUGUAGACACAAAGCAAUCAUAAUCACGGCUGUUAGCGGCAGGAAGUUCUGCACUGAUCCCACCUGGAGCUGGGCCACGAAACUACUGGAAGACUUCCAGAAACCUUCACACCCCUCAAACACUGAAGUCCCAGAGCUUCACAGAAACCAGACCAGAAACCUUCCAUAGAAAAGAUGUUGUAUUGACUUUAAUGAGAACGAAUGAUGGAAAUGUUUCUUCUUCUUGCCUCAGUGUGUUGGUGAGAAACAUGUUGCUGUAAUAUUUCAGACAACCAUCAUUCCUCUUUGUCCUCGUGUGCUGUACAGUUCCCACUUUCUGAAUAAAAACUCUAUUUUUCUACUUCUUGUUUUGGACUAUAUUUAUGUUGACAAUAAAGUUCUGAUAUUUAAAAAUG